UUGCCAAGGAAUCAACAUAUUCCUAGUGUGUCAACAUAUUCUCAGUGCCACAUUAAGAACAAUCACAACUUUUGCAAAAGUCAAUGGCUUGCAAUUCUUCCUCUUCUUCUUUUUAUCCAUAUGUUUCAGUACCCUUCUUGUUGUUCUCUCUUUUGGCUGCUACUUCUUUUCUUGUUGCAUUUGGCAAUUUUUAUCAGGACGUUGAUGUCACUUGGGGAGCUGGCCGUGCAAAGAUUCUCAACAAUGGCCAGCUUCUUACUCUCUCUCUUGACAAAGUUUCUGGCUCUGGCUUCCAAUCCAAGAGUCAAUUUCUCUAUGGAAAGCUUGAUAUGCAGAUUAAACUUGUCCCAAAUAACUCCGCAGGCACUGUUACUGCAUACUAUUUACAAUCAGCAGGGUCGUCUUGGGAUGAAAUAGACUUUGAAUUCCUGGGAAACUUGAGUGGGGAUCCUUACAUUGUUCACACUAAUGUUUACACUCAAGGCAAAGGUAACAGAGAACAACAAUUCUACGUGUGGUUUGAUCCCACUGCUGAUUUUCACACCUACUCAAUCCUCUGGAAUCCAAGCCAUAUUGUCUUCUAUGUCGAUGGCAGAGCGAUCAGGGAGUUCAAGAACCUGGAAUCAAUGGGUAUUCCGUAUCCAAAAAAUCAGCCAAUGAAAAUUUACAGCAGCCUCUGGAAUGCUGAUGACUGGGCGACAAGAGGAGGGUUGGUGAAGACAGACUGGUCUCAGGCCCCAUUUACAGCUUCCUUCAGGAACUUCAAUGCCCAAAAUGCUUGCGUUUGGGCUAAUGGGGCAUCAUCUUGCAAUUCAAACUCUACCGCGAAUCCAUGGUUCUCUGAGGAGCUUGAUUCUGAAAGCCAAAAGACGCUCGAAUGGGUCCAGAAAAAUUACAUGAUUUACAAUUACUGCAAUGACACCAAACGGUUCCCUCAGGGCCUCCCCCAGGAAUGCAAAGUUACAGCCAAGAAAUAAAGAGGAUGAGAACUUAAUCUAAAAGUCACGCAAUAUUUAAUAUUUUGCUUCAGACAUUUACAUUGGAUACAUGGAAAUUUUAUAGUUGAAGCAUUAUUCCUACGACUUUGAUGUAUCUAAAUAAACAUUUUGAAUAAUAUAAUUUUCUUUGUUCAA